CCUACUGGUCCCAAUUAUUUGGCUUCCACAUUCUGUACGAGCUUCAGCUUCUGAAUGGUCUUCAUGGACAGCCCUAUGUGGACUGCAUUGACCCAUAAUUUAUUGGUUACAGGAACAUUGAUUACUGAAACCAGGUUAUCCUUGUCUAGAUGGUGACAUAGCUGGGCCAUCAGCCAAAGCUGAUAGCUGUUUGAGUCACUGAGACCACCUGAGCCUCAAAUGACAAAGAUGGGUCAAGGAGAAUCCCAAGCUAUGAACCUCUCCUUCAGGAUAAGUGCAGCCCCAUCUAGAAUAGAUUGAAUACACUUCAUCUAGUCAGAGAACCACCUCCAGCAACAUCUCCAUCUUGGCUGGGGGAAUUUAUACUAGAGAAUCUGUGAGGUUGAACAAUAUUUCUCAAGUGCCACCUUCUGGAGACAGCCCUCCAAGUAGGAGUGGAGCCACUGUAAUGUAGUACCCCCUGCUCCCAGCUCAGACAGAUACCCCAGAAUGAUGCCAUGAUCAAUGGUAUCAAAAGCUGCUGAAUGGUCCAGGAGUAUCAGCAGGGUCAUACUCCUCCAUCUCUCUGCCGGCUUAUUAGUCCUCCUAUAUCAUGUUUUCGUAGCUGAGGUGCUGACUUGCAUAUAAAGCUUGAAACCAAUCAGAAGAUAUUGAUAAAAACAUCAUCUAACUCUGAUUUUAAAAUGUUAUUAUUUAUGUAACUGAAACUAAGGGCUUCUUAUAUUGAUGAAGUGUUUAGCUGUAACAACUGAGUAGCACUUCUCAUAAAUUAUUUCUGCUUUGAUAGCUUUUUUCAUAAUCUGAAAGGUUUUUGCAUUUACUUGAAGGAUUCCCAUAUUUCCUUGAAAGAUUAGCAAGGUGUUGCUGAGCAAAAUGUAGUCUGUGUGAUCGUGAAAUACUAUGAUGGAAACCAACUCCUUUCUUAGCUUCCUAAUCUUCAAAAUCAUCCUUUUUUCUUUGUUUUGCUCAGAUUCACUUCACUGAUUGGGAGCUGUCAUGGUGAAGUUAUUUGGCAAGCUGUCCUUGGUUUGUUCAGAAAUGUUCUGCCAAUGAAGAUUUUUGGCUUUGUUAACCAAACAUAAUCACAUUUAUAACCAAAUUCCAGUUCCGCAUCUCAGUCUUCAGAAGCCAGCAGUGUAAAAUAGACAACCUUUUUGCUGGUUGAAUAAGAAUUCAGACUGAGAGCUGUGAAGUAUAGUGACUAUGAAAUGACUCUGAAAUUGGAGUCCUUUUUUAUUAUAUACUCAGCUGGCAAAAGCCAGGCAGUUCUGGUAGAAUGAUGGAGAGGAUUUUGACUCUCCCCCCACCCCAGAAAAAAACUGCACAAAUUCUGUCAACCUUCCUAGCUGACGUAUUAGCAGUUGACAAGGUGGUAAUAGAGAGGAUUAUGAUCCUGAACUUUUCCUUCUCUCUGUCCCACCCCCUUUUUUGAUCUCCUUGAAGCUGCUGUUGCAACGGGAAAGGAACAACUGAAUGUCGGAUUCUUUGUCUCAAGGCUAUAUCAAUUAUUACUACCAUGAAAAGGAUACAGGUAAACAGUGACUGAGCUGAUUCAGUUCUGUUUGCCUGGUACAGUUCUGGAUAAACGGCAAGCCUAGAGAUGAAUUGUAUCACCUGCAAUGUGAGGAGCAACCCUCAGCACUGGUGACAUGUGAUUGCUCUCAGUCCUGGUGUCUUGUCCCAUAAGGAGGAAGAGGAGUGUGCUGUAUUCUCCAGAGCCUUCCAUCCAUCUGGGAGAGGAUUACAGUACAGCACAGAGUGGUUAAAUUUAUGGUAGCAGAAUUAAAAGAUGUACAGGACAACUGCUUUUCUGGCUUUGCUGAGUCUGAGCUUGACCUUGGAACUAGGCAGCGCUCAAAAACGAUGGAGUGUGUUUCGAAGCGUUUUUAAAAAGAAGUAUGCAUUGCCAUUGGGAAAAGACUUUGGACAACCAUUGUUUCUAACACCUUACAUUGAAAGUGGCAGAGUUGAGGAAGGAAGGAUGUUAAGUCUGGUGGGCCCCCUCCCAGGAGCCAAUGUCAAGAGCUAUUCGGGUUAUCUUACAGUCAACAAGACUCACAACAGCAAUAUGUUCUUCUGGUUCUUUCCUGCUCACGUAAAUCCAGAGAAUGCUCCUGUUCUACUUUGGCUCCAAGGUGGACCUGGUGGAACAUCCAUGUUUGGCCUUUUUGUUGAACAUGGACCAUAUGUUGUCGAGAAGAAUCUCACAUUGUCUGAACGAAAAUUUCCUUGGACAUCUAAGUUUUCCAUGCUCUACAUUGACAACCCAGUUGGAACUGGCUUCAGUUUCACAUCUGACAAGGAAGGAUAUGCAGAGAAUGAAGAUGAUGUAGGAAGAGAUUUAUAUAGUGCCCUCACCCAGUUUUUCCAGCUCUUUCCUGAUUAUCAGAAAAACGAUUUCUAUGUAACAGGAGAAUCUUAUGCAGGAAAGUAUGUACCUGCUAUUGGGUACUAUAUUCAUACCCAUAAUCCCACUUCGAAGAUAAAGAUCAACUUCAAAGGAGUUGCCAUUGGAAAUGGUCUUUGUGACCCCGAAAUGAUGUUGGGUGGCUAUUCACAAUUCUUAUAUCAAAUUGGCCUGGUGGAUGAGAAGCAGAGGGAUUAUAUCCAGAAUCAGACUGAUCUGGGAGCAAUGUACAUUCAGCAGAAGAAAUGGAGAAAAGCCUUUGAAGUGUUCGAUCUUUUGUUAAAUGGUGAUGAAACUGAAGGACCCUCCUAUACUCAGAAUGUUACAGGAUGCAAUAACUACUACAAUUUCUUGCAGUGUCUGGAGCCUCUGGAUCAAGAAUAUUUUGUAGCACUGUUAGCAAUGCCAGAAGUAAGGAAAUCUAUCCAUGUUGGAAACCUGACCUUCCACGACGGUACUACAGUAGAGAAAUAUUUAAUUGAAGAUGUGAUGAAGUCAGUAAAGCCAUGGCUAGGCAUUCUAAUGGAUAACUACAGGGUUCUCUUAUACAAUGGGCAACUGGAUAUCAUUGUGGCAGCCGCACUGACAGAACGAUUUCUGCCUACUGUGCCAUGGGCCAAAGUAGAACAAUAUAAGAAUGCUGAGAGAGUUAUAUGGAAAUUAAAACCUGAAGAUCCUGAAGUAGCUGGCUAUGUACGCCAAGCAGGAGAAUUCUAUCAGGUCAUUGUUCGAGGUGGAGGACACAUCUUGCCUUAUGACCAGCCUGAAAGAACUUUGGACAUGAUCGACAGGUUUAUCUCAGGAAGAGGAUGGAAACCUAAUGGAUAUUGAAAAUAAAUUUGAACGCUGCAUCUCUUUAGAAUUCUCCACAAGAGAUUUUAGUGGCCAAUAAAGACUUUUACCAGGAGGACUGAUAAUAAGCACUGAUUAGUAUAGUAUUAAAAAUGGUUUUUUGUUCUACAUCUGUAUUUUAAACCUGUUGUAUGGAAAGAAAUCAAACCAUGUUCAGUUUCUUAAAGAAUAAAGUGAAGUGAUUAUUUCAAUA